GUUUUCUUCGGCGAGCCGUUCCGUUGGCUAUCUUCAAAAGCGCCUAAGUUGCAUUCGACGCGAGUUAGUAGCGGUUUAAGCGGCGAACGGUGCGCAUCUAUACUAUACGAGUAUUAUAAUAGCAAUUUGUGGCUAAAAUCAACAGCAACUUCCGCAUAACCAUAUAAAAUAACUCCCAAAAUUUAUUCAGAAAGAGACAAUCAUUGCCAAAAAAAAUCAGCCACCCAGCAACAAUUGGGAUACAAACCAAAACAAUAACCUCAAAUUGAAUAAGCGUAAGCCAUAAUUAUGACCAAAUGAGCCGGCCCACAAUAACAACAACAACAAGCAAAACCAACAACAAAAUGAGGGUUGACAACAGCAGAUUAACAGAAUUAUCUCGGCUAACAGUCGUCCUAACAGCUCUGCUGCAGUUUGUGAGUCACGCCAAUGGCUUGCAAACUGUAAGCGAAUCAGCAGUUGAUAACACCAUCUGUCUGUACCAAGAACACAAUACCACUCACCGCAAGGAGAUCGGAGCUGUGUGGUUUGCCUCCAAUGAUCCUUGUGUGGUCUAUUCCUGUGCAGCUGGCGUGGCCAAGGAUCCUCAGGCUCAUAUUGUCGCGACUCAGGUCGAUUGCAAUGAGUUCUACUGCGAAGUGGGCUCGGAGCUGCGUAUUGUCGAGGGCAGCUGUUGUGGGGAGUGUGUGAGGACCCACUGUCAGCACAACCACACCCUAUAUGCAGUGGGUGAGUCCUGGCAUAAUGACGCCGAUUGCACUCUUAUCGAAUGCGGACGUCUCGAUAAUGGACAGAUUGUCAUGAAUACAUACCAAAGAAAUUGUCCAGAACUAACUGAAGAAUGUCCACCUUCGAGAUUAGAGGAGCGAAACUGUUGCCCCUACUGCAGACCUCUCAAAACUGCCAGGAUUGAGGAACUCCAGGAUAUCGGAGAGGAGACCACAGAUGAUAUUUGGACCGCUGAAUGGUAUCAAAAUCAUCCCUGCAACCGGGAUUGUCAGGUGGGAGCCGAGCCCAUGACAUGUCGUUAUAACUUUGUGGUGGAAUGGUAUCAGACCUUUUCGAAGGCCUGUUACGAUUGCCCACGGAAUCUUACGGAUUGCUCACGACCCCAUUGCGUCAUGGGUGAUGGUCUAGAACGAAGUAUCACUGUGGUCAAUCGCAUGAUGCCUGGACCAUCGAUUGAAGUCUGCGAGGGUGAUCAGAUUGUGGUGGAUGUGAAGAAUCACCUGCUGGGGGAGAGCACCUCCAUACACUGGCAUGGUCUGCACCAGAAGAAGACACCCUAUAUGGAUGGUGUUCCGCACAUCACCCAGUGUCCGAUCACACCCCAUGCCACCUUUAGAUAUUCCUUUCCCGCUGAUCUAUCGGGCACUCAUUUCUGGCACUCGCACACUGGAAUGCAGAGAGGAGAUGGUGUUUUCGGGGCACUGAUAAUCCGAAAACCCAAGACUGCCGAACCCCAUGGAGGACUCUAUGACUUUGACCUCAGCGAACACGUGAUGGUGGUCCAGGAUUGGAUACACGAUACGGGUGCCAGUAUCUUUUCCUAUCAUCAUCACUCGAGGGGUGAUAACAAACCCCACAAUCUGCUUAUAAAUGGCAGAGGUCGGUAUUACAACCGCAUUUGGGCGGAAGCCAAGCAAACUCAUCGCAGAGCUGAGGAGAGGACCACGCAGCCCCUGGAGCCACUGCCCAAAUCGCAGGUGGAUUUUGUUCAAACUCUACCAAGACAAGCUCGCCUUGCCAAAGCCAAUACCACAAAACUCUUUCCGGUAAAUUCGAGGCAAAAGAGGGGUAAUCUCAAUGAGAUACCCCUGGAACUAGUACCCCAUCAGGUCUACACAGUUAGAAGAGGCUUCCGUUAUCGCUUCAGGAUUAUAAAUGCAGAGUACCUUAACUGCCCCAUUGUGGUUUCUGUAGAUGGUCAUAACCUAACAGCAAUUAACUCAGAUGGAUACGAUAUCGAGGCAAUGGAUGUGGGCUCAAUUGUUACCUAUUCCGGCGAACGAUUCGAUUUUGUGCUAAAUGCCAAUCUUGAGGUGGGAAAUUAUUGGAUUCGACUAAAGGGUCUGAUGGACUGCAGUGAAGUCUUUACCUCCGCCUUUCAAGUGGCCAUCCUGCGCUAUGAGGGAGCCCCGGAUGAGGAGCCCACUGCGGAGUUGAGCUAUGGCCACAAAGCAGAGGGUAUCGAGUUGAAUGUAAUGAAUCGCGGUCCUGGAUAUCCGGACACCAAAACUGUGGCAGAAAUGAGGGCUCUGCCCAUCUAUGAUCAUGUGUCGGGCAUCGAUCACGACACCCUCAAACCGGAGGCAGACUACAAGUUCUUUAUCUACUAUGACUUUUAUACCAAGAACAAUCCCGACUUCCACGACAAGGAUCUCUAUGCCAUGGAAAUGGAGAUGACCCAACAGAACCGACUUUACACACCCCAAUUGAAUCACAUCACCCUGGACUUUCCUUCGAUGGCACUUCUUCCCUCAAGGAGUCAGCUCAAGGAUUCGGACUUUUGUAACGAAACAAGUUUGAUGGAACAAGGUAUCGAUUGUCGGAAGGAGUUCUGCAAAUGCCACCAUGUUCUCCAGGUUCCGUUGGGCGCUGUUGUCGAGAUGAUAAUCGUGGAUGAGGGAUUCCAGUACUACGCCAACCAUCCCUUCCAUUUGCACGGAAACGCCUUCAGAGUAAUGGGAUUGGAGCGAUUGGGGGAGAAUGUUACCAUUGAAAUGAUCAAACAACUGGAUCAAUUCAAUUUACUCAAACGGAAUCUGGACAAUCCACCCGUUAAGGACACAGUCACUGUUCCAGAUGGUGGCUAUACCAUCAUAAGAUUCGAGGCCUCCAAUCCCGGCUAUUGGCUCUUCCACUGCCACAUCGAGUUUCAUGCGGAGAUUGGCAUGGCCCUGGUCUUCAAAGUGGGUAACGACGAUCAGAUGGUCCCAGUGCCAGAGAACUUCCCCACCUGCGGUGAUUAUAAUCCCGACUUAAGGUCUGAUGGAGACAGUACAGAAGAUUUGGGAACUAGCAAGCCAACAACAGGAACUCCCCCAAAUGCUGGAGGCGGAGUGUCAGGCCUGGCACCCACUUUGAUUACUCUGAUGAUUAGCUUUAUGCUGGUGAAACUCUAACGAUAAGAAAAUGCUUUGGAGAAGGAGAGCACAACCCAAACUUGCCAAGCGGAAUUCAGAGAUUAUUUAUUGACGACGAGGGAAGUACGUGGAGAUCAAGUUGAUUUUGAUUUUGAAUGAUAUAGAAAAUAUUUGUUAUCUAGCAUUUGUAUAUAUUCCAUAGCCCGCAUCGUUGUAGCCUAAACAUCUGUGAUUGUCUAAGAAAUUGUAAUAAAUAUAAAUUAAUGUUUUUAUAAGAAA